CCGAACUUGACCACGAUACAGCUAGACAUCACAUAAGCAGAUGAAUUGCCCAUAUAUAGAUAGAAGUCAAAUCAUGUGUCAUGUGUAAUGACACGAAUAAGGCAAGUGCACUAGUUGUUCUUCCCCAACUUCAGUAGUGGCACUAAACUAGACUCCCUUCUAACCCCCACACUUUCACAUCUCCCAUAAAUGACACCCCCACAAACUUUCUUCCAACAUCUCAAACUUAAGCCAAGAUGGAAUUGAAUGAUGUUGCGAGUAUUGCAGGCGAGGAAUUUCAUACACUGUUCAUUUAAUAAAUGCACUAAUAAUGAAUUGUGUAGAAGUAAAAAUGAAUUACCCAGGCCCAUCCCCUGAAACCGAAAUCAACAAUCCAUACAAUUAUAUCUUCGCGACAGAAGAGCCAGUAUUCCACAGAUUUCCCGACUUUCCUCAAGAAGUUCGUGAUAUGAUUUGGGAUCGGGCUGUCGACCAUGACUCAGCCCCUGACGUUGUGCUUUCUUCGCCCACUUUUCCCAACACCCCUUUCCUCUUUCAAGUAUGCCGAGAAUCGCUAGCAGCUUGUUUGAGGAGAUACACCAUUUUCAGACAUCCAGAUACAUCUAGCACGGGCGACGAUGCUCUCGACUUCUUCGCUUGGAUCGACUAUGAACGUGACGUACUUGAAUUCAAUGACUGCUUUGACCGGCAGGCAGGUAAUCGAGAACACAAGGAGGAUCGUCUCAUGUAUGCUUCGCGACUUCACAAAGACUUACUACUUCCAGUCAAAAAUCUUGGAAUCAACGCAUACGACUUGCUAUCACUAAUAGAUCGCUCUAUAAAUGUAUGA